ACUACUAGCUGUUCUCUCCAUCCCACACUCUCCUUGCUAUUCUCCCUGCUACCUCACAGACGCUCUUCUUCUUUUGAGCACAACAAACCAUGCAUCCUCACUUUGAUCUGCAAAACAGACAGCAGAAUGGAAAUGCUUCAGCCUCAGCCUCAGUCUCAGCCUCAGCGUCAAUCUCUGGCUCAGCCUCCCUCGUAAAUGGGAGUACCCCAUUGCCAACCGUCCCGACAGGAGCUCAACCUGGAUCACUCACUAUAACCAUGCCUCCCAUUCAAUCCAACUCCUACUACAAAAUUGCCCCCAGCGAAUAUGUUACGUUUGGGUGGAACUUUUCGAGCAUCCUUGUGACACCCACCGCCCUUACUGUUUCAGCAGUAGCAAACGGGAACACAUACCCCAUAGGUCCCAGCGAUGGUGUCAUUCCCGGGACCGCUCAGAGCGUGGUGUGGUAUCCAUAUGGCUACCAGACUGCAAACCCUAGCCUUCCACUGGUCCAGGCAAGCUACACGCUUCAUAUUUGGGCUCAGGGUGGCCCUAGCGCAUUCCCCUCGCCGGGUUACAUGGAGCCAAACAGCGAGCUUAUAUUCGCUAUGUAUACGCCACAGGGAUACACACCUUUAGCUAGUGGGUGGCAAUGUGCCGGAUGCUCAGGAGCAUUACCCCAGCUUAGAAUAAACUCUGCUCUUCCCUGUGUUGUUGCAAUGAUUGUUAUCAUGCUUCUCUCUGGGUUCACCACCCUUCGCCGCGUUUUGGACUGAUCGUCGUUGACCUAUGAUUCCCCUAGGUCUGGUUUCUGGGGAGGUUGUAGAGGAUUGGUCUCAUUUAAAUGACAUUUAAUGGUUUAUUAUGGUUUGUAAUCGGACUGGACAUUUGCAUCACAUGUAGACUUACUUCAUGCUCAUUGUUUGGCACGAUAUAUACGGACAGGUAAUGAUAUUACACUUAGGUUAGUAUCAGAACUUUUUGCUGAUGUCGUUAUACACAGUACUACUGUCAUUCAUUAAGCCUAUUUUACC